AUGAAUUUCUCUGCUUUCCCCAUAAUGUCCGAAGGAUCAUCUAAAGGCUGCAUCGCUUGUGGUUGGACGCUCGAUCAGCAAGAGCAAUGCUUUUACUCGAGCCAUGUCAAACUCUUCUAUGGUGCAAGCAGGCGGGGAGUGUGGUCGAUCGGGUCUGAUGUUAUCUUGAAAGAACGCCCUGACGAAGGCCCGAAAACCGAAGUAACCACCCUGAAUUACCUUACAUCCUACUCCAAUAUCCCGGUUCCAAAGAUCCUGCGUGACUGGGUUGACGGUAACGGGCGAUACUUUGUACUUCAAGAGCGGAUACAAGGCCAAACUCUCGAGCAGGUCUGGUCUUCGUUAUCAAAAUCUCAGAAAGUGGAUAUCGCAGAUGCAGUUAUUGGAAUUCGAAAGCAGCUUCGAUCCUUGAAGUCAACAUCUAUACAAAGCGUUGAUCAAAGUCCUUGUUUCCCGGGUCUACUCUUUUCUGACCGCGAGCCACACGGACCUUUUCAUUCCGACAACGAACUCUGGGAUGCCAUAAGCCUUACUCUCCAUGAUCCGCCUACAAGAUUGUUCCCUCAACGAGCUUUAGACAAUCUGAAGAAACGUAUGCCUAAAUGUGAACCAUACGUUCUCACUCAUUGUGAUCUUAAUUUGGGCAAUAUCAUAGUGAAAGACGGAGGGCUGGCUGGAAUACUUGAUUGGGAAUUUGCUGCGUAUUAUCCCAUCUGGUAUGAAUACGUCUCGGCCUCUUGGGGGUGGACAGAGGAGGACGCCGAGUGGAAAAAACUUCUACGAGAGCGUAUGGGAGUACAUGGCGAAGGACAUGAUGAUGCGAAGGACUUCUGGACUGAUCUACGUCAUUUGAGGAAAUAUCCGAAUUUGGAUGAAAAGGGCGGAGAAGUUUUGGACAGGUUGUCUUCGGAUUAA